CCUCUCCUCGUUUCUUUUCUUUCCUGCUGUGAAGGGAUUGCGAAAAGAGAAAGAUGUCCAAAGAGACGAAGGCUAACACUAACAGAGCGAUGAAUACAUACGGCGCUGGCUUGGAAGCAAACACACUAGCCAUGCUUGAUUCCACCGGCGCUAAAGACAAUCGCGACGCCAACGAAGAUCGUUUGCAGUAUCUGGAAGCUGUUCGUGCAGCUUCACUUGUUCCCGAAAACGGAAUCCCUCCCACCAACAAAAUGUACCAAGCGAUGUUUCGGAUACUGAGAUUCGGAAGAACGUUGGAGCUCGUAGCAGCAAGUUUCCAGCUUUUGACACAACUACACCAGAGGUAUCCUUGGGUUUAUAUCUCUGAUGGGAAACAUCAGUUGGAGAUCGUAGACGAGGCUUGGUCACCGUUUUGUUUUGGGUCUGAUGUUGAUUCUGGUGAAAAGGAAAUAUCAGUGAGAAGCUCAUUGUUUCAAGAGCUGAUUCAAAACAUGAACAAGGGAGUUGAUGAGUCAGAGGAAUCUGAUUUAAAGAUCCUGGGAAACAUGUUCCUGUUCAAGUAUCUUGUUCAUGUUCUUAAGUUAGAUUUCACUCCUCGAAACCAAGUGUUUGAAGAAACCACGAACUGGAGUCUUUUAAAGGAAUCCUCGCUGAAUCUACUUCUGGCUUCAAGAAAAGUGAAUUUCAAACUUCUAGUGAAAGAUUGUCUAUCUACAAUGUGUUCACCCUUUGAUGCUGAUGGCAAAUCUAUCAGUUUGGUUGAAUUGCACAAGGGCAUGCUUUCUGCUAUGAAGGAACUUCUAAUAAUGAUCAUAGAGCUUGAUGCAUCAAAGAAGAAAGCUGACGAAGAAGGAAUUACCAAUAGAGGAGAUGGCGUAAGGACUCCUGCAAUGGAGAUUAUAGUCGACGAGCUAACUUACGAUGAGUAUCUACUGUCAAAUUUUCUUCAGGUUUUUGAUGAUCCUAAAUUGAAGCUAGAGAUUGUUCUCCAGUACCUCAUCAAAUACAUUCCUAAGCCUUCCGUUCGUACCCGAAGGUCGAACACUCCUCAAACAGAGGACUUGAAAACGCUAAACGGGAUCUUGAAGACAUUUUCAAAUGGUACCAAUGCAAAAAACAUCACUAAGAAGAUAGGAUCUGUCAUUGUUCAGAUCCUCAUUGGACAUGCCUUUCUGGCUCAGCUCACAAUCUCCAACACUAAUGAAGGCGACUCUAUAACAGAGAUAUGCAAUAGUGUCAUCGCUGCGUUUACUAGUCUGAAGCGAGUAGAUCAGAAAAUCGAGAUUUUACCAUUUGGAAAGGAAGUGUUGUUUACUGCAGAAAUGGUACUCAAGGCAAAAGCAUAAGGGCAUGUAGGAAUCAAGAUCUUAACAUAUCAAGAGGCUUUGCAUUGUAUUAGAAGCAAGUAAUGUAGGA